GUUUCUUCACACAGAGUGCCAUGGGGCUCAUUACACCGGCAAUUGGGAGGCCGCGCCUACCGCAGAGGAUAAUAUCUCCAUGUUUUGGAGCUAACAGGCGCUAUCUCACUAACAAUGGCUUCUUUCGCGUCUCGGAGGAGGUGCGGGAAGCUCUCAAUGCUAAUAAACCGGUCGUUGCUCUCGAAACGACGAUAUAUACUCACGGGUUUCCGUAUCCCGAAAAUGUGGCUCUAGCAUCGCUCCUCGAAAGCGUCGUCCGCGUCAAUGGCGGGGUCCCCGCGACCAUUGGUAUCCUUGAUGGAGUCGCACGCGUGGGCAUGAACCCCGAGGAGAUUAUACGGCUUACGGAAUCCGCCGGCAAGGAUACAACAUUGAAGCUCUCUCGCAGAGACCUGGCCCACGUAUGUGGUCUGCGAUUAGCUGGCAAGAAAUUCCACGGUGGAACCACUAUAGCAGGGACAAUGCUACUGGCACACUUGGCGGGCAUUAAGGUGUUUGGCACCGGUGGGCUCGGUGGAGUGCACCGUGGUGCAGAGUCUAGUAUGGACAUUUCCGCCGACUUGACAGAGCUGGGAAGGACGCCGGUCACUGUCGUUUCGAGCGGUUGCAAGAGCUUUCUAGACAUCCCGCGGACCCUUGAGUAUCUUGAGACCGAAGGUGUCUAUGUCGGUACCUUUGCUGAUGGCCGUAAGGGGAACGUGGACUUCCCUGCCUUUUGGUCCAGAGACAGCGGGGUGAAGAGCCCAACUACCAUCGAGAACGAGAUGGAGGCGGCUGCAAUCAUCCAUGCCCAGCAUUCGCUCCGUAUCCAUUCCGGACUGCUCUUCGCAAACCCUGUUCCUGAGGAGUUUGCGAUUCCAAAGGAAACCAUGGACGAAAUAAUCGAAGAAGCCAUAAGCCAAGCUGUCGCUGCAGGCAUCUCAGGCAAAGACAACACGCCAUUCAUACUCAGCAAGAUCAAAGAGUUGAGCAAGGGGAAGAGUAUUCCGGCCAACAGAGCACUCAUAGAAUCCAACGUCCGGCGAGCCACCAUCGUAGCCAGAGAAUUGGCGAUCUUAGACGCAAAACAAGACGAAGCCCAAGGACGCACUUCCUCGCGCUUCAAUCCAGCCUUGUCCAGUCCUGCCUCGACAGCAAAAGAGCGCUUGAGCAAUGCAUCCAUAUCACUCUCAGAUGCUCCUCCUGCCGCGCCAACAUCUCAAAUAUCACCAAAUCCCGAUAUCAUCGUGGCGGGUGCCCUGGCAGUCGAUUUCUCGUGCGACUACGCACCCUUACCGCACUCUCCUGACCAGACACACCCUACGCCACAAACCUCAAAUCCCGCCAUCAUCAAUCAAACAAUCGGUGGUGUAGCUCACAACAUCGCCAAAGCCGCCCACCUCCUCGGUGCUUCCGUGCAGCUCUACAGCGUAGUCGGAGACGACCUCGCCGGGCGCGCCGCCUUGACCAAGCUAAAAGACGAAGGUUUCAACGUGGAUGGCAUCGAAACUCUCCCUUAUCCAGACCGCACGGGUCAAUACGUAGCCGUCAACAACGCGAACAAAGACCUCACUCUCGCCAUGGCAGACAUGCAAAUCCUAGAAAAGGUCCCCUACUCAACCAUCGGCCACAUGUUCCACAAGAUUUCAGUGCAAAAGACGUCUCCACCUAAAGUCCUUGUCGUGGAUGCGAACUGGGAUGCUGACGCCCUACAUGAAUGGCUCUCAUUAAGCAGGUCCUGGCCGAACACCACGACUAUCUUCGAACCGGUAUCCACUGCAAAAGGUCUGCGCAUCUUCCCCGAGAACCUCCAUCAUGAUACCCAACACCCCUUCCCUCACCCAAUAGUUGAUAUCAUAACGCCCAACUCGAUGGAAUUGAAAGCUCUCUACGAUCACGCCUUCGAGCUUGGCCUUUUCGAUCAUCCCGUCUGGUUUGCUCUUGUUGACGCGCUCGGUAUCCCCUCCUCUGGCCUGCGUGUCCCUCUUGCGGUGACGACGACGUCUGCGCUCGUCGAUGAAGGGAUCCCACAACAAGCCGUCAAGCUCCUCCCUUUCUUCCCAACAAUCCUCACAAAGCUCGGCCCUGAGGGGGUUUUGCUCACCCAACUGGUCAGGCCAGAUGAUCCAGUGUUGGGCUCAGCUGAGGAAUCGCAAUAUGUCCUAGCGAGGAGCAAGAACGGGGAUGAAAGGGUUGGUGGACUGUAUGUGCGCCUGUUCCCUGCGGAGAAGGUGCUGGGAUCUGAGGAAGUGGUAAGCGUGAAUGGGGUUGGAGAUACGUUCCUAGGCGCGGUGGCUGCGGGUUUGGUGAAGGGGAAGAGGGUGCAGGAGGUGAUUCCAUUUGCGCAGAGGGCUGCUGCCUUGAGCUUGAUGAGUGAAGAGAGUGUGAAUCCAGAAUUAGAGAAGUUAGAGGGAGAGAUUGGGCUGUGAGGAAUGUAUAAUCCCUUUUCCAGCCUGUCUCAUUUUAUAUUGCAUGCUGCCGCUAUGUACAUUCAACACGCUCCGUGGGAUCCUAGGGG